AUGAUAACUGUGGCUUACGCACCUUAUUUUAUACCGCUGCUUACCACGAUCAUCCAAACCCAUCAACUGAGUGUCGAUGCGGCCAAGGUCGCCGAGGCAUGGCCUGUCCAAGAUGAGGAUCAAAAACCGACUCCUCGUGCCAUUAAGGAGCGGUUGACCAAAAUCAAGGAGAAAAUUCGCGCUCGCAACCCUAGCGUCGCCGCCUCCGGCACCUCAAGCCCUGUCACCCCCAAGAAGCGCAACACUCCACAGAAGAAGGCAAACAAUGCUUCGGCUCCUGCUGGCCCUCCUCGAAAGCGCAAGCGCAAGCGCGCAACCACAGAUGCUGCUGAUGAUCACGAGGAGAUCAUUGUGGAGAAAGAUCAAAAGCUGACUGCUGAGGACAACGAGCCUCAUGCCGACUCCCCCGUCCAGGAAGUGACGGCUGCGGAAGACGACCAGCAUCUUGCCGGCUUCCCUGUUCAGGAAACCACGGGUGCUGACAACGGGAAGGAUGAUACUGAGGAUCCGGACUCCGACUCUGACCUUCCACUCAAGUAG